CUGCAAGCCGCUCCCUUUAAGCAGAUUCCAACUUUCUCUUUCACAAAUGUUCCCGCUCGACUCCAGAUCACAGCUGGGGCAGUUGUUCGAUCUGAUGGAAUGAGUGACGUUCAAUCACUGACUGGGAGCUUUGGGGAGACCCUGACCCUCGACAAUCCAGAUACUCCAGUGAUCAGUAAAUAUGGGAUCAUCUGGUCUCAUGUUCAAGGGGGAACCUGUACCGUCUUAAUCCACUACGACGCUGGAGAAUGGGAGAAAAAUGCAACAGACAAGCACCAGCUGGAUGAAAAGACCGGAUCACUCAUCAUUCAGUCCCUCACUGCUAAUGACAGCGGACUUUAUGAGAGGCAGCUCAUCAGUGAGACCGAGGGCAUCGUGAUACCUCAAAAAUUUAUUGUGACUGUUGUGGGACCGUCCAGUUAUUCUGCAACACCAACAACACCAGCACAAACAUCAGCUGAUCACAGCACCGCUGGUCCAAAACCAACUACACCUCCAAAGAACUGGAUACUCUGGAUCGUUGGUGUUGGUGUACUGAUUGGGUUGGCCGUUCUUCUCGGCUGUGCUGUGUGGAAAUAUCGUGAGCGAAUCAAAGCUCAGUGUGAGCAUAAAAAAAGGUUUCGGGUUUGGUACGCGCUGUGUGAUCGAGAAGAUCCUGGAAGAUCCUCCAGACAGGAGAAUGUACCACAGGAUACAGCUGUGCAGUAUACAGCUGUGCAGGAUACAGCUGUGCAGUAUACAGCUGUGCAGGAUACAGCUGUGUAACGGACCUCCCACAGACGUCCAGCGUUACAAAGGUCAUGUUUAAUGCUGAGGACCUGACAGUGAGCAGUAAAUAGCAGUAAAUAUGGCCUCUGUCUUUACUGUCUGUCUCUUUAAGACAUUUGUCUACAAAAGAUCCAAAGAGCAGCUGCUGCACUGUGAACCUGUAACAUCCAUGCAGAGAGUCUUAGGUUUUUAAAGAUCAGACACAUAAUGAAGCCUUAAAGUCUGGCUCAUGUAUCUCAGUGGACCUGCUCUUUCUGAUAUGCAGUGCUGCUUUUACAUUUUCUUCAUCAGGUACUGAAUACAUGUUACACUGAUUCUGGAUGUCAGUCUCUGAUAACACCAAAGAUCCACAAGAAAGAGACAUUUGUGUAUAUUAGAUCAUCUUAAAUGUGUAAACGUUAUAAUAUAUCAUAUUAUUUAAGUAGUUUAGUCUGUUACUGUUGUUGUCUUGGAGCGACUGUAACCACAUCUCUGUGGGUGUCAUCAGUGAGUUCGCUGUAGUAACAGGAGGGCUGAGAUCUGCUGCCUACACGGCCAAAACCAUGAGAGCGCACAACACAUGGACGUGCGUACACUCAGUGAUGGCUUUUUAAAUUUUACCAAUGAAGAGAAUCCCACUGGGACGAUGUUUUUAAAAAGAAGAAGGAAAAAGUUUUUUUUGGUGCUGAUGCUCGAUUGUUUGGUUUCUGAGAACGCUGGCUGUAGUCAAGUAGCUGAUAUGUAAUUAGUUUCAAUACAUGUGCAUCAGUAAAUGAGCUCACAUUAACCAGAGGAAAGGCAGUGGGAAGCCUAUAAAGUCCGUCUAAAGCAGGGGUGUCAAACAUAAGGCCCAGGGUCCAGAAGCGACCCAGCAAAGACUCCAAUCUGGACCACCUGAGGGAUUUGGAAAAUGUGAAGGAGGGCACAAAUUUUGGGGCGUUUAAGUGUAGUUUUUGAAUAGAUAGUAACAGAUAAAUAAUUCAAUAACAUAAACGUUCCUGUUUUUCACUGUUUCCUUCAAUCAUAUGUGGCAGUACGAGCGGUGAGAAUAUUUCUCAAUUUUACGCAUUAAUCUUGUAGAAACACUGAGAUGUUCUCUUGUAUUGGCACUUCUUCUUCUUCUGUCAUGUUAAAAUAUCUCAGGGAUUAAAUGUGUAGUUAGCUUCACUCGUCUCGCUCACAUACGUGGGCUGUAAGUGGCCCUGGAUGUCAAAUGAUAUGGAUAUUCCUGGAUAUUCCUGGUUUAAACCAAACAGGAAUGACGUCUUUCCAAACAAACCAAAACUGAUUUUGAGGAAACUUGAAAUGCUCUGAGACACCCGUCUCUUUGGUGUUUACUGUUGUAAAAAUAUUGCAAUAAAAGACAUUUCCAAAGAUUACAGACUCCCUGUGAAGUGUGUGUGACAGACUUUACACGAUUGAUCUUUGGUAGUUUUUCCUUUUCUUUGACGUUGUUGUAAAAACCACAGUGAGACUGAAUGAUGCUGAUUUACUGAGAAUUUCAUGUAUUUGUACGGAUGGUGGAUAAAAUUCUGGUUAUAAACUUACAUUUACAUCUAUUUAAAUAAAGACUGUGAUUAGAAUCAAUUCACUUUUACUUUAUUUAUUGUGUUUGAUCAAGUUGAUCCUUGAACAUCAGGAUUUCUGUUGGUAGUUUGUCAGCUGUCAUGUUGUUGAUCUUUUAUAUACAGUCUGUGGUUUGAAGCCGCAGGGCUAACUGUUGUCACAGACCGCAGAUGUAAUCAGUGCUGUCAGUAAUCUGUAAUCCUGACUGAAUUUGACGCCAUGAGUAAUUAGGGCUUCUGCUCUGACAACAUUCAGGACAUGUAACCGUACACUGAUUGGUGGUCACAUACAUACAGUUAUACUCUGUAUCAGCUGUGGACAUAAAGUCUACUGUCAUUAUAAACAAGAAGCAUUUUUACAGAUGAGCCAUCACGAGGAAAGAAAUUCCUGAUUGUUAGAAGAGUGUAUGUUUGAUUUCUAUGAAGGGAACUUUGUAUGAAGUGUGAAUGGUAGUGAGGAACAAGUGUCCA